AUGACACCGUCCUGUUUCGAGAGGCUGUCUAACAGACCUAACACUGGGAAUCUCUUUGGCUCGUCUGGCUAUGCUGGUGAUAUCGACGCGACUAUCGGCACCACCAACGUCAACCACAACACCACCACCACUACCAACAAUGACACCAACAACAAGAUCAAAAGCCCAAUCCCACCCCUCCCAAAUACCCGAACCCCAAAGGACCCCCAACCCCCAACCCCCACCUUCCUCGCCCUCCCCCGCGAAAUCCGCGAUCUAAUCUACACCGAACUACUCCUAAGCCCCCGUCCCCGACCGUCCCCCUCCUCCACCAAAAACAAGGAACUCUGGUACCGCCCCGCCUUCUGCUGUUCCUCCUCCCCCUCCUUCACCUCCAUGUCACUUUCCGCAGCGGCCCCAAACCCGCUCGCUGCAUUAACAGCCGCCAUCCCCUUUGCAGCCGUAGCAGCGCCCACCCACGCCCGCGGCACAGUGCUUCCUCCAGUUACCGCGGCUUCGCGGCAUCCGCUUCCGCCGUCGAUUGCGAAUGUGCUUUGCUUGAACCGACAGAUUCAUGGGGAGAUGCUGGGGGUCGUGCAGCGGGUGCGUGGGUCGAAAAGGGGGUUGGGGCCUGCGCUGGAUUGUAUGGUCAGAGCGGGGGUGUGCUGGUUUACGUGGGUGGGUGGGUUGGUUGUUAGGACGGGGGCUGAGGAGGUGGAGAAGGAGGGGGGGAGUAGUGGUGGUAAUGGUGGUGGGAUGAAAGAUUGGGUCAAGGACUGGAUGGCUGGACUUUUGUGCAGGGUGAGGGGGUGUGGGAGGGGUGGUGGGGUGACGACGGUGGUGGAGCGGUUGUGGGUUGAUGUUAGGGUUUGUGAUGGGGAGGGGGAGGUGGCUGAAUGGGGGGAAGGAGAUGGAGACGGAGAUGAAGGAGAUGGUGGUGGUGGUGGUGAUGGUGGCGGAGGCACCGCUCCCCCAACCCAACCCAACCAAAGCACCACUGGCAAAAUAACCCAAGCCAUCUGCGCAGCCCUCCACCACAUCCUCACCUUCGGCCCAGAUUUCACCCCCCGCCCCUCAACACCAUCACCCAACCCCUCCACCAUCCUGAUCGGCGAACUCGUCCUCAACGUCAUUCCCUUCUCCUCUUCUUCCUCCCCCACCGACCCGCAUACUCUAGCCAAAGGUCUGCUAACCCUCUACCAACAGCUCUGGUCCACCACCAGUGCCACCAACGACUCCUCCACCCAGCAACCCCCUUACUCGCCCUGCCAGCUGCUCGAGAAGGUUGGCAAAAUGCAGGUUUGCGUGGACGAGGUGGAGGUUGGGCGAAGGGUGCUGCGGGGAGAGUUAGAGCGUGGGAGGAGGGAGAAGCACAGGCUUCAGAGGAGGUUUAUUUGGUUGGGGGACUGA